AUUGGGCUCAAUUGGGGUCGAGCAACGAAGGGUGACCUGCCCAUCAUGAUCUCCAGAGCUGCCGUGGCUCCGUCAGCCCACUCACUUCCCUACAUCUCGUCUCGCGCCCUGUCCUCCGCUUCCGCCUCAUCUCUAUCUCGCUUGACAUCUGCACAGCAGCCGGCCGCCAAACAGUCGCCGCAGCCCCAGCAGCAAUCUCAGCAAUUAACACAGCAGCAGACACAGACACAGCGACGAGGCUUUGCUACCGUCCAGGAUGCCGCCACCGCGCACCCACCAAGAGUUUACGGCGGAUUGAAAGACCAGGACAGGAUAUUUCAGAAUUUGUAUGGACGACAUCCUCCGGACCUAAAACAUGCGAUGAAGAGCGGUGACUGGUACAAGACGAAGGAGAUCAUUCUCAAGGGCCACGACUGGAUCAUUUCUGAGGUCAAAACCUCUGGGCUUAGAGGCCGAGGUGGUGCUGGAUUUCCCUCUGGAUUAAAAUGGUCCUUUAUGAACUUCAAGGAUUGGGACAAGGACAACAAACCCAGAUACCUCGUCGUGAACGCUGAUGAAGGUGAACCUGGCACAUGCAAAGACCGUGAAAUUAUGCGCAAGGACCCCCACAAACUUAUCGAAGGUUGCCUUAUUUCCGGGCGUGCGAUGAACGCUACUGCAGCAUAUAUCUACAUCCGAGGUGAAUUUUAUGAAGAAGCCACAGUUCUACAACAGGCCAUCAACGAAGCCUACGCAGCUGGUCUGAUCGGUAAGAAUGCUUGUGGGUCCGGCUAUGACUUCGACGUCUACAUUCACCGUGGAAUGGGCGCAUAUAUCUGCGGCGAAGAGACUGCUUUGAUCGAGUCAAUUGAAGGCAAGGCAGGAAAGCCCCGUCUAAAGCCCCCAUUCCCCGCUGCCGUCGGUCUUUUCGGCUGCCCUAGCACUGUCACCAAUGUCGAAACCGUCGCUGUCGCCCCAACCAUUUGCCGUCGUGGUGGUAAAUGGUUUGCCGGCUUCGGUCGUGAAAGAAACCAGGGAACAAAACUGUUCUGUAUCUCCGGCCAUGUCAACAACCCCUGUACCGUUGAGGAAGAAAUGUCUAUCCCCCUCCGUGAACUGAUUGACCGUCACUGUGGUGGUGUACGAGGUGGAUGGGAUAACCUCCUCGCCGUAAUUCCUGGUGGUUCUUCCACCCCUGUCCUCCCAAAACACAUCUGUGACGACCAGAUGAUGGACUUUGACGCCCUCAAAGACUCGCAAUCUGGUCUCGGUACCGCCGCCGUCAUCGUCAUGGACAAGUCCACCGAUAUUGUCCGUGCAAUUUCCCGCCUAUCCGCUUUCUACCGCCACGAAAGUUGCGGCCAGUGUACUCCUUGCCGUGAAGGAAGCAAAUGGACCCUACAAAUGAUGGAGCGAUUCGAACGUGGCCAGGCUCGUGAGCGCGAAAUUGACAUGCUCCAGGAACUAACCAAGCAGGUCGAGGGCCACACCAUCUGCGCCUUGGGUGAGGCUUUCGCCUGGCCUAUCCAGGGAUUGAUUCGCCACUUCAGACCAGAGCUCGAGGCAAGAAUACGCCAGAAUACACAAGCACACGGAGGCAAGGAGUUCUUUGCCGGUGGCUGGAACCCAAACACCCGUUUGGACGGUAAACUGAUUGCUCCCGGACAAUAG